UCCAUCAUGGCGGCCGCGGCCACCUCCGCCGCGUUCAAGCGGCUGGAUCUGCGGGACCCCGCGGCGCUUUUCGAGACCCACGGAGCGGAGGAGAUCCGAGGGCUGGAGCGCCAGGUUCGGGCCGAGAUCGAGCACAAGAAAGAGGAGCUGCGGCAGAUGGUGGGCGAGCGGUACCGCGACCUGAUCGAGGCGGCCGACACCAUCGGCCAGAUGCGCCGCUGCGCCGAGGGGCUGGUGGACGCCGUGAAGGCCACCGACCAGUACUGCGCGCGUCUCCGCCAGGCGGGCUCGGCCGCGCCCCGGCCGCCGCGGGACCCGCAGCCACAGCCGUCCCGGGAGAAGUUCUACAGCAUGGCUGCCCAGAUCAAGCUCCUCCUAGAAAUUCCUGAGAAGAUCUGGAGCUCGAUGGAAGCCUCUCAGCACCUCCACGCCACACAGCUGUACCUGCUCUGCUGCCACCUGCACAGCCUGCUCCAGCUGGAUUCUUCCGGCUCCCGCUACAGCCCCGUCCUCUCCCGCUUCCCCAUACUCAUCCGGCAGGUGGCAGCGGCCAGCCACUUCCGGACAACCAUUCUGCAUGAAAGCAAGAUGCUGCUCAAAUGCCAGGCUGUGUCGGACCAAGCAGUAGCGGAGGCCCUGUGCUCUAUAAUGCUCUUAGAAGAGAGUUCUCCUCGCCAAGCCCUGGCAGACUUCCUGUUGGCCAGAAAGGCAGCUAUUCAGAAACUUCUCAACCAGCCGCACCAUGGUGCUGGUAUCAAGGCUCAGAUUUGCUCAUUAGUGGAGUUGCUGGCCACCACUUUGAACCAAGCUCAUGCUCUCUUCUACACUUUACCAGAAGGGCUGCUGCCAGACCCAUCCCUGCCGUGCGGCUUGCUCUUCUCAACUCUGGAGACCAUCACAGGCCAGCAUCCUACCGAAAAGGGCGUCGGUGUUCUCCAAGAAGAGAUGAAGCUCUGCAGCUGGUUCAAGCACCUGCCGGCAUCCAUUGUCGAGUUCCGGCCGGCUCUGCGGACCCUCGCACGUCCCAUCAGCCAGGAGUACCUAACCGACACGCUGCAGAAGUGGAUCCACAUGUGCAAGGAAGACAUUAAGAACGGGAUCACCAACCUGCUCAUGUUCGUGAAGAGCAUGAAAGGCCUGGCGGGGAUCCGGGACGCCGUGUGGGAACUCCUUACCCAUGAGUCCACCAGCCGCAGCUGGGACGUGGUGUGCCGGCGGCUUCUGGAGAAGCCCCUCUUGUUGUGGGAGGAUCUGAUGCAGCAGCUCUUCCUUGACCGAUUACAGACGCUGACAAAAGAGGGCUUUGACUCCAUCUCCACGAGCUCCAGGCAGCUCCUCACCUCCGCCUUGCAGGAGCUCGAGAGCAGCCCCAGCAAGUCUGCGUCCAACAAGCACAUCCACUUUGAGCACAACAUGUCUCUCUUCCUCUGGUCUGAGAGUCCCGGUGACCUGCCUUCCGAUGCCGCCUGGGUCAGCGUGGCGAGCCGGGGCCCGUAUGGCGGCAGUGGGCUCUCCAUGAAAGCUCAAGCUGUCAGCCCUUGUGUGCAAAACUUCUGCGCUGCCCUAGACGCUAAACUGAAGGUGAAACUGGAUGACCUCCUGGCUUACCUUCCCUCUGACGACUCGUCACUGUCCAAGGAGGUCACCCCCGUGCAAGCCAAGAACUGUGCCUUUGACAGGUACGCGGACGCCGGGACUGUGCAGGAGAUGCUGCGGACUCACUCGGUGGCCUGCAUCAGGCACAUCACGGACUGCGUCCGGGCAGAGCUGCAGAGCAUCGAGGAAGCUGUGCAAGGCCAGCAGGGUGCCCUGGGCCGUGACAAGCUGCAUGCGGUCCUCUUCAUGGCCAGGCUCUGCCAGUCCCUGGGAGAACUGUGUCCUCACCUGAAGCAGUGCAUCCUGGGAAAAUCUGGGAGCUCUGAGAAACCAGCAAGGGAUUCCAGGGCUCUGAAAAAACAAGGAAAGGGGAAAACGGAGAAAGUCCUACCUACGCAGGCCCAGUGGCAGGAAGUUAAGGAGCUCCUCCUGCAGCAGAGUGUGAUGGGCUACCGGGUGUGGAGCUCGGCGGUUGUGCAAGUUUUAGCUCAUGGAUUUGCCCAGUCAUUACUUCUAGAUGAUGCUGGUUCAGUCCUGGCCACGGCCACCAGCUGGGAUGAACUAGAAAUUCAGGAGGAAGCGGAGUCUGGCAGCAGCAUCACAUCCAAGAUCCGACUCCCUACCCAGCCGUCCUGGUAUGUGCAGUCCUUCCUGUUCAGCUUGUGCCAGGAAAUUAACCGGGUUGGAGGCCAUGCCUUGCCCAAGGUGACGCUGCAGGAGAUGCUGAAAAACUGUGUGGCUCAAGUAGUAGCUGCCUAUGAGAAACUCUCAGACGGAAAAGAGAUGAAGAGAGAAGGUGCGUUCCCAAUGACCCAGAACCGGGCACUGCAGCUGCUUUACGACCUGCGCUACCUCAGCACUGUGCUCACAGCCAAGGGUGAAGAGGUGAAAAGUGGCCGCAGCAAACAGGACUCCAGAAUUGAGAAAGUGGCUGACUACUUGGAAGCACUCAUUGAUCCUUUUGACCUGGAUGUGUUCACACCACACCUCAACAGCAACCUCACGCGCCUGGUGCAGCGAACUUCUGUUCUGUUUGGACUGGUUACUGGUACAGAGAAUCAGUUCACCCCCAGGAGCAGUACAUUCAACUCGCAAGAGCCCCAUAACAUACUGCCGCUGGCAUCGAGUCAGAUCAGGUUUGGACUUCUUCCACUGAGCAUGACAAGCACUCGAAAGGCCAAAUCAACCAGCAGAAGCAUCGAAUCCAAAUCCCAGGUUGUCCCCCCGGCACUCUCCCGAGCAGAUGACCCGACGCAUCCCGGCUCCUUAUUCAGGCAGUUUGUCAGUGAGGACGAAGACUCUACACCUUCAUUAUUCAAACUUGGUUGGCUCUCUAGUAUGACCAAAUAACACGGGACAUGGCCAUCACUCUCUAAAUAAAUACUACUGCAUCAUUUCUACUAACGGUGCCUCUGCUCAUCCGUUUCUAAGCCAUGCUAGUCUGUCCAGUCUCAGUGGUGGAAUGUGGCCCCUAGUUACUG